UAGGACCAGGGCUAAGGUGGAGGUGACCUCUCAUGGGCUUCCAGAAGAGGCCAGGCUCUUUGCUGACAGGCCUGUCGACGGGGCUACUGCUGCUCUUCAGCUGGACAACGCUUGCCCAGCCGACCUCUCUCUCAGCCUUGGUCCACUACCCCCACUUGUGCCAGACCUCCUGGGAUGCUGAUGGCCGUCGCUACACGGGUUUCUUCUGUCCCCGGCUCACGGAUACCCCAGAGGAAGCCUACUGCUGCCACCUGCUGGCUGCAGGCGGCUCCUGCUGCACCCGGGCUGAAUUUGAGGCCUUGUACCAGGUCAAUCUGUCCGCCCUUGAACCUCCUCCCAUCCUCAGGGGUCCGGGUCCGCUCCUAGCGCUGGGCCUUUACAGUCUGCUGCUCCUGGCCCUGAUGACCGCAGACUUUGUACACUUCUGCCGCAGUCGGGGCCGGGGCCAAAGGCGAGACCAGGUCCCGGACCAGGGCCGAGACGCGGGCCCGGGCAGCCAAGAGCGUCCCUCUGUGUCCUCCGCCGCGCGCCCCCUGCAGGUCUCGGCAGGCACAGACUAAGCG